UAAAUUUCAACGUUGCGUUGCGGAAAUCCAUCGACUCGUUGGAUGCCGGAGAAACGACUGGAAUCUCGAACGUUGCCUCCUGGAAGAACUCUGAACGGUCCAGAUUUCCUGACGCUUCAAAUUUCCCGCCAGCAUUCAAUCCAACGGCUACGAGGAGUGCUUGUUCCCGGGAAUUUCAGGCUCUCGGGGUUCAUUUUCUUCUCCGUUUCCUCGGAGGUCAGGAUUUGUUGGUUUCUAAACGGUCGGAUUUUUUGUUGAGAAUUCUCAUUUUCUUCCCCACAGAGAUUAAGAAUUUGCCAGAGUUUUUGGGGAUUUUUUUUUUAAAAAAAAAAAUCCUGGAAAUUUUUAAGUUAAUAGUGAAAAACGAGUUGGGUUUUUGUGCGGAGAGUUUAUGAAUUUGUGGGUAAUUAAUUUAUUUUAUCGAGCUAAUUUAUUUUAUUUAGCUUUUAUGUAUUUGAUUUGUGAAGAAAGGCUAGUACUUUUUUAUCAGGAGUUUCUUUAAGUCACAAAAUCUUUUUCCUCUUUUUGAUCUAUUUUCUUUCUGCUCAGCUUUCUAAAAACUGUUUUCUGAUAUUCCUUUGCUUUUUUAAAUCCUCUCCUCACUUUAUUUCUUUUUUGGGGGGCUCAUCCUGUUAAUUUUGUUUUAAAAUAGGCAUAAAUUAUGGAGUCCUGUUCAGAAAAUGAUGAGAACACUUCCUGUUGUUUGGUUUUGUAUCUAGAUUUUAUUUGACACGGGUGUUUUUAAAACUUCUGAGGUUUGUGUCUCUUUGGGUAGUUUUAUAAUUUAUUAAUUGUGUUUUUUACUUUUAUAUUCCUUUUUCCCUUCAAAUUUUUUAGUUGCCAUGAAAGCUGAAAUGGUCUCAGCUAGGGUCUGGAGUGGUGAGGAUAAAGCCACAAUUGAGGCAAUAUUAGGCCCCAAAGCUGUUGAAUUCUUAACCACUACCAAAUUUUCUUUUGAAGGUCUUGUAAUGGCCACAACAGCCGAUUGCAACCUCCAAAACAAGCUAUGUGAUCUUGUUGAAGGCCACCAUUUCUCCAAAUUUAGCUGGAACUACGCCAUUUUCUGGCAAAUUUCGAGCUCAAAAUCUGGUGAGUUGGUUCUUGGAUGGGGAGAUGGCUACUGCAAAGAACCCAAAGAAGAAGAGGUAGUUUCAGAGAAUGGGUUGGAUCUUUGUAAUGAAAAAGAGACCCAACAAAAGAUGAGGAAGAGGGUGCUGGAGCUUCUUCAUUUGUUCUUUGGGGGAUCAGAUGAAGAAAACUAUGAAUUGGGUCUUGAUAGGGUCUCUGAUACUGAGAUGUUUUAUCUGGUUUCCAUGUAUUUUUCAUUUCCUAAUGGCUUUGGAAUACCUGGUAGAGUUUUUAGAACCAGGAAACCUUUGUGGCUCUGCGAUGGUCCUAACUCAUUGGCCGAUUACUGUUACAGGACUUUCAUAGCAAGGUUAACUGGAAUUCAAACAUUGGUUUGUAUUCCAGUUGCUAAUGGUGUUCUUGAAUUGGGUUCCAUUGAAUCAAUACCUCAAGAUCAAGAGGCUUUGCAUAAGAUUGUUUCAGUUUUUGCUCAUAACGAUGGCCAACCUAAUUUGCGUUCCAAUGCCUGGGCUUUCUCCUCCCCCACCCCACUUAAGAGUGAAAGACCACCGAGUCCCUUGAUCGAGAAAAACCCGAAAAUUUUCGGGCAGGAUUUGAAACUGGUUCAGUCCCAAGUUGAGAGGCAUUACUCUGUCUUUAACCCAUCUCAAGAAAAUAUUGGCCUUUGUGAUAAUGGAGAGAGAAUCUCAAGUAUAGGAAACGCGAAGGCCUUGCAGGCUUUUAAUUGGAACCGAAUUCAUGGCGGUAACAUGGGUUGCACUAAUGGUGGUGCAGAGAAAAACAGAGUGAACCAAAUUCAACAGCAGAAGCAACAUAAGCAAAUUAGCUUUAAUGGGGAUCACUCUGACGCAGAGGCAACUUGUAGAGAGAGUAAAUUGCCUCAGUCUAGUGAGAGAAAACCAAGAAAGAGAGGGAGAAAACCAGCUAAUGGGAGAGAAGAACCCCUCAACCAUGUUGAGGCAGAGAGACAGAGGAGAGAGAAACUUAACCAGAGGUUUUAUGCAUUGAGGGCAGUGGUUCCCAAUAUCUCCAAAAUGGACAAAGCCUCUCUGUUGGGGGAUGCCAUAGCCUACAUAAAUGAGCUUCAAAAUAAACUCAAAGACAUCGAAACCGAGAACGAAAAGCAGGCGAGUUCCGAUCUCAUGGAAAUGGCUUUGGAAACAGAGGAUCAGAACAAAGGGGUAUCUCAAAUUGAUAUUGAGGUCCAGUCUUCAUCUAAUGAGGUUCUGGUGAAGAUUGAGUGUGGCUUAAAUGAGCAUCCAGUUUCUAAGAUCAUUAAUUUACUCAGAGAAGCACAAGUUACAGUUGAAGAACCAAAGAUUUCUUUGAGUGGUGAUACUGUUCUUCACACUUUUGUGAUCAAAUCUCUGGGGAUUGAGAGGGUUACAAAGGACAAGUUGGUUUCUGCCCUUUCUAAGCUAUCAAAUGGUUUAUAGUCUAUAGCUUCUGAUAAUUGUUUAGCUACAUUAAAGAGGCCCUAAUUCCACUUAGAGAGAGAGAGAGAGAGAGAGAGAGAUCUUCUUACUUCUCUUUAAAAUACUCUUUUAGGACAAAUUACUGUGUUAGUAGGUCCCCAAAUUAUGAGUGAGAGAGAGAGGGUUAUGUUAUCCAUCUUCAAUACUUGAUAUAUAAACCUUGUAUUCUUGUUAA